AUGGAGGGCAGGAACCUCCUUCUCCUCGUGCUGACAGGCCUGAGGAUUUGGCUGCUCCCUGGAGCCGGUGCCAGCGAUGAUGACCACUCAGAACACACACACCGGGUCAGCACCUCGCAGUGUGGAGAGUACAGCAACCAGGUUCUGGAGGACGGCAUGUGUCGUCUCAUCGCCACGUUACCUCAGCUGGACGACCAGCGCUGCCCGGACAUGUUCCGCUGCACGGACGAGGUCUCCUAUUGGCUGCACGAGAACGAGGAACGCAAGCAGCAGAUCCUGGCCCUGCGAGAGACCGUCUCUGAGCUGCAGGAGGAGCUUCGCAACCACCGGCAUCGAGUCAAAGUGCUGGAGCUACAGACUGAGGAGAAGAAUCGCGUGAACUCCUCACUGGAGCAGCGUUUCCAUGAGCUGGAGGAGCACUAUGUGGAGGCCUCCACUCUGCUGCACAUACAGGGUUCUCUGAUCUACGACCUGCAGGCUCAGAUCCACAACCUCACCCUGCUGGUGGAGAAGGUCAAACGCAACCCCGGCUGCAUGAUCAACAUCGUCCGCACCAGCCCCCUCAUCAGCGCGCAGGAAGCCCUGCACCCAGAAGUACAGCAUGUGAGAAACUGCCCGAUCGACUGUGCCUCCAUCUACUAUAAUGGUGUGCGUCGGUCAGGAGUGUACACAGUGGUUCCCUCCCUGGGGGCAAUGCCUGUGGAGGUCUACUGUGAUAUGGACACAGAGGGUGGCGGCUGGACGGUGAUUCAGCGCCGUCAGGACGGCACGGUGAACUUCGACCGCAGCUGGAAAGAGUAUAAAGAGGGGUUUGGAGACCUGCACUCUGAGUAUUGGCUCGGGAAUGAGCACAUCCACGACCUGACGAGCCAGGGAGACUACAGCCUGCGCAUCGACCUGGAGGACUGGAACGGCAAGCAUAAAUACGCUCUCUACCAGAGCUUUAGGGUUGACGACGAGGACACCCAGUACCGGCUGCACGUGUCCGGGCACAGCGGCACUGCGGAGGACUCCUUCAGCUGGUACCACGACAAACAGGGCUUCAGCACACCCGACACGGGCAACAUCUGUGCCGAGAUCUCCCACGGGGGCUGGUGGUACCACCAGUGUUUCUACGCCAACCUGAAUGGCAUCUACUACAAGGGCGGUCGCUACUCUCCGAAGGGGAGGAACCCUCUGGGGCCUGACGGUAUCGUAUGGUUCACCUGGAAGGAGUCGGACUACUACUCCCUCCGUAAGGUGAGCAUGAUGAUCCGACCCAGGACGUUCCGGCCGCACCUCUCGCCCUGAGCAUGCGACAUCACAGCGGUGCCGCUCCGCAUGGCUCCGCAGCCGGUCAAAGGUCGCGCAGAGAUCUACGACUUCUCCACGUGACGUGGGAGGAUGGAGGAGCAGUUCACUGUGACCUUAUCACCUCCUCAGAGGGGUUUAAGGAGCCAGCGCGCAUACACACACACACACACACACCUCCCUCAUCACUCUGCUCCAUGUUCUGUCAUGUGACCCGACAAGACUCACAUGAGGACUUUAAUAUAGAUAAGCCACAUAUGUGAUAUACAUUGUAUAAAAUAUCAUUAUGUGUAUAUGAGGGUAUACGUUUAUAGGUUACAGGACAGAAAUGACAAGAUGAUGUGUGAAUUAUAAAGAGCCUAAAAAGACAGGAAGAAAAUGUUAUAUACCUC